ACCUCGUUUUUUCUCUAUGUGGUUUGUGCUUGGGGAAUGUUGUUCAGUCUCACACACACACUCACUCAUUCUCUGCACUAAAGCAAUUUGUGGUGAUCUAUUACUUUUAAAGAUGGAGGAAGAAAUCAAUUAUUCUACAUUGUCUUUUAAAACUGGUGGUACAGCUCCAAAAGAAGAAAAACAGGACUCAACAAUUUAUUCCGAAGUAAAACCUAAACGGGCUGCUACGUCUGUACCAACAGAUGGUGAAGCAGCUGCACGCUCUCACUUUUGUGUGUUGGCGGUGUGUUUGGGGAUACUUUGUGUCCUCCUGUUGGCUACAAUCAGUGCCAUCAUCUACAUCAGUGUGGUAAUAAACCAACAGAAAGCAAACCUCAGCUACCUCACAGCAGAAAAUCAGCAGCUGAUCACGAAUAGGAACAUCUUAGAGCGAGAGACAGAGGAGCUGAGAAGCGUCACAGAUAAUCUCAACUGGACACUGAAAGUCAUCCUGACGUUUAACACCUUUCCAGUAAAUGACUUCUGCCCAAAUAAAAGUUGUCAGCCGUGUCAGACAGGCUGGCAUCUGUUCCAGGAAAAGUGCUACCUGUUUUACAAUGAAAAGAGUCCUUGGAAGACAUGGCAAGAUAGCCAAACAUAUUGCAAAAACACAGCUGCAGAUCUGGUUGUUGUUGACACUCUGCAUGAACAGGAAUUCAUAAGUAAUCACACCGAGUUCUACUACGACAAAUUUCAUGGAUACUGGCUCGGGUUACAUGAAAAACAAAACAACUGGGUCUGGGUUGAUGGACGUAAUGACACUCUUAGGUACUGGUUGAAGGACCAAAUUGGUGACCGUGGUCCAUGUGCACUGGUAAUCCCCGGGAGGAAUUCUACAGCAAGCUGGGACCCAGAAGGCUGUAUAAUGCAAAACAAGUUCAUCUGUGAGAGAGAUGUUCUGAUAAGGUCUAAUUAGUUAGUUUUAUUUUCUUAACAUAUUCUUGCUAUUCUACGCUACUCAUGUUGCAUGCAAAACUACAUUCCAAAACUGUAUCACCAAUUUUGGAAAAUAAAAAUAGAAAAUUAUAAUACAUAUUUUUUAAAUCCUGAAAUAGCCUGAGUAUGAUGUAGUGUUCAUAAUUGUGUCUACCUGUACUAUUGUUUAAAAAGUAAGUAUUGUUUACAAUGUGUCAGAUGUUUUUUUGAACAGAUAUCUGUUGACUAAAGGUGUGAAAUGUCCAAAAGAAAAUCUAUAAUAUCUUCUACAGUAUUCAGUCUCACAAGAGCAGCCUAUAGCCUGUAAAUGCUGCUGAUUUCCACAGGAGUUCAGGAAUCCCAACAUAAGGAGACUUUAAUUAUCUAUCAGUGUAACCAUCUUUGAUUGUUGUGUCAUUGACUUAAAGGAAUAGAAAUCAUGUUGUGUACUCCAAGUUUCUGGUGUUACGUAAAGACCAAUGUGUCAAAUAUGUUGUGCAAAAGAAGUUCCUAUUCAACUCGAGGAUUCUUAAGUUCCUUCACCUUUGAUUUCAACUAUGUUUUAGUCUCAUGUUUUAUAUCAGUGUAAUGUAUAUUGUGUAUUAGUUUGUUUUGUCACUUCUGUUGUAUCACGGUCUAAUUCACAAACGUUUUUUCCUCUUUUUUUAUAUAGGUGUCGCACGUUCAUUUAUAUCUCAUUCACUUGUAAUGAUUACUAUCUUACCUUUAUUAUUUUUAUUAUACUUUUUAUUUUUGUC